AUGGCCUCACCAAACCAAUCCCAACCAGGCGGCGCACCAUCGACCCAACCUCUCACACCCCCUGCCGAACCGACCACAGCCUCCCAACAACAACAAUCCACCUCCACCGCCGCAACGGCAUCCGCCAAUGCAACAGCCACAGCCACAGCAACAGCAACAGCCGCAGCCGCAGGACCGUCAACCACCACCAGCGCCCCAAACUUCCAACCGACACAAAUCCCCUCAACAUCUCUAAAAGACAGCGGCAAGUCUCGCCGUCCGCGCGAUGUCCGACUGAUACACAUGCUUCUGGCCUCGCUGGGCGUGGCGGCGUAUCAGGAGCGAGUACCGCUACAACUCCUCGACUUCGCAUACCGAUACACGUCCAGCGUGCUGCAAGAUGCGGUCCAUCUAGCGACAGAAGGGUACGCGGGAUCGACAGAUGGGACCACGGGUCGCGGCACGGAAGUGAACAGUGUGACGUUGCAGGCGUUGCGACUGAGUAUCGCAUCUCGAUUGCACUAUCAGUUCCAGACGGGAUUGCCCAAGGAGUUUCUCAUGGAUGUGGCGGCAGAGAGGAACCGCGUGGCGCUCCCCGGGGCGACUAGGGGGUUCGAUGCGGGACAGCAGCAGAAGCCGCCCGCGAAUCAGAGUGUCCUUAUGGGUGGGAUGAGAUUGCCCCCUGAGAGGUUCUGUUUGACUGGGGUGGGGUGGAAUAUGAAGGAUGAGUGGGAGAGUGAAGGGGAGGAAGAGGGGGAGGGGGAGGGGGAGGGAGCAGCGAAGGGGGGAGAUACCAUGGGUCUUGCAGCGGGACAGGACGGAGAAGAUGAAGAUGAAGAUGAAGAUGGUGAGGAUGGAAAGAUGGAGGAUAUCUUUGGGGAAGAUACGGCCAUGGGUGAGGGAGAUGAAGACGGGGAUAAGACUAUGACGGAUGUUUGA